UCAAAAAGCGAUGCUAUAACUUUAUGCUAGCAGCUAGAAAGUAAACAUUGCGUAGAUUUCUUUAAAAAUUAAAAAUUAUUCAGCUAGUUGUCGAAAUCUGAUAUAACCAUCAUGAUGGCAAAGUAAAUAGUUUUCUGGAAUCAUAGGAUCGCUAUACCAUUUUCGGAAAGAAUGGACAUUUUUCAAAAUCAAUGCACGGAGAGCCUCGGAUUUGAUUCUAUGCUGGCGGCAAAUCCCAUCAAUUCGCCACUGCAGAGUAUUGAGCCUACUUCCCAUCUCAGUUUCAAUUCGGCAUACUUCAGCACAAUACCUGCUCCGCCGUGCACCACCGUGUCAAGUGCUGUAACAGUCGCCUGCGCUGCUAAUGGAUCCAUCAGCAGUUCAACAGGAGUUUCAUCCGGACCGAACGAUGUCGUUCUGCCGAGCAUAUUCGUUAAAGUGCCCAUGCAAAUCAACCAGCAGUAUCAGCAGCAGAACCAGUCCCGGAGCAAUGCGGAAGCUAUCAAGUGCGAGGAGAAAUCGGAAGCUAUUAAGCGUGAGCUGGGAGAUUUGCGGGCGCUGGAAAAGGGCACCGCCAUGGUACAGGUACCCAAUGUAUCCGAGAGUUAUUUGGAGGAGGACCGCCAGGAACGCAGGGAGGAAGAGUUGAGAGUGCACUGUUGUGAGUUUUGCCCGCUGGUUACCCUGGUGGAACAAAAUUUGAGAGAUCACGUUCGCGAUAAGCAUCCCAGCCGAGAACGAGAUAUCACGGAUUUUCUGAACUGCCCAGCUUGCGAGAAUAAGUUUCGGAAAUCGAAUUCCUUGAAAGUGCACCUUGAGGUCGAUCACAUGAUGGACGAAACUGAGGUGAAUACGUUGAUCGAUGGACGAUUUUUGCGCGUCCCGGAAUCAACUAAUUGCGAAUCCUCAAUUCGCGGCGGAGAUGAAGUUUCGGUUGUUGAACCUGUUCAAGAGGUCGCCCCAGAGCAGAACAGAAGUCGAAUCUACAUAAAAAAUGUACAGUUGCUCAAAAAACCUGAUGUCAUUGAGCAGGAAAACGUUCAACAAGCUAAUCAACAGCAAACUACUCAACAACAACCUCCACAAAAUGGGAAGAUUUUCAUCCGUAACGUAUCUUCAUUGCAAAACCUGAAUUUCAACCAAAACGUAGAGAAUGUAUUUCAAAAUCCUUCUGGAUUGCAUGAGAGCAAAUACAGCUUCGUGGUUCCUGCGCCUAGUCCAAACAGUCAGUCACCUCCGAUAAGUAUAGGCGAAUCGGUGACCGGAGGAUCUUCGCAACGUAAUAAUAUAUUUAUACGCAAUGUUGAUAUCUUACGGAAUCCAAUGAUUCCCAUAACUCCCCCGACGAUCAAUUCAACUUGUGAGAUGAGUCGGACCAGCAGUAGUGAAAGUUUGUACACAACCCCACCUCCGCCGAUUGUCAGUCCAUCCACGUCUGUAUCCAGCAUCGGAACCCCAUUAUCAGCUGGGUGCUCGGCCCUGAAUAUGGUUAUUCUUCCGACCCCUAUUUGUAGCAGCAAUUCUUCGACACCUCCGACAACUUUCACUCCGCCGUUGAUGACUGUGGCUAAUUUUGAUUCAGGCCUGCAAACAGCACAACCGCAGAGGAAGAGCAAGAUAUUUAUAAAGAAUAUUAGCGUGCUCAAGCAACCGACUAUCCAUUUGAAAUCCGUCGACGAACUUAAUUUAAUGACCAUCGAUCAGCUACAGUUGCAAAAUUUGCUUCCACCAACGAGCACUGCUCAAAAUUUGAAUAGUGUAGAAAUGAGCAAUGAAAUUGGAACGCAACCAAUGCAGGAGGACAGCUUUUUGAAUAUUUUGGAAGAGGUCCCUUCCGAUCUUGACGAGUUUCAAGACAACGGAUCGCAGUAUCAGGACAUGACAGGCUGUGAUUCCGCUUGCGGUAGUGUGACUGAACAAGAAACCUAUCAACAGGAAUUUAAUAAUGACUUCAUCAUAAUUGAACCGGAUAGGACAGCGGAAAAUGUAGCAUACGAUGAACAACAGGAACAUUUAAGGAUUGCAGCACAUACAAAUGACCUGCUUGAGCAUCAGCAAUUACAAGCUUCUUCGUCGGAAACUGUGGAACAGCAACCGUACAACCAUACGGACGAUUAUAAUAUGUUUGUUUGUGCGGAGGAUAUAAUUAACCUCGAUCCUCCAGCACCUUCAGAGCCGGAAUCUUCAGAACCACCAUCAAUACAAUCAACGCCGCCGCAUAUUCAAUCACAACCACAACAAUCCGUACAAGCACAGCAAGGUCGUAUCUAUGUUGCAGACAAUUUAAUGGAACCCAGUGGGCCUAUUUUACAGCCCUCUCAACAAUCGCCGUCGCAUCUAACGCAUUCCAUAAAUGAAACAGCGAUAUCGCCGUUGAAUCAAAUGGAACAAAUCAAUAUCAAUCUUCCUACAGGACAUCCCAGUGAUAUUCUGCCACAGCAGACUCCUAGCUCUUCGGCUAAGCCUCAAAAACCGUCAGAUAAAGAUCGCGAACGUACUCGAACCAGAGGGCGCCCCAAAGGUGCCAAACAAACUGGAAUUACAAAACUGAAAAAACUUUAUAACAACCUAACGCCUAUGGAAGAAGGCUAUAAAUGCGACUUUGGAGAAUGUGGUGUUCGCUUCAAACAACCGGAAACUUUAGCAUACCACAAAAAGUGUCACGAUACGGUUAAUGAAAGCACCAAUUCGGACGGAACUCGUUGCCCGGAAUGCGGUUCACAAGAGUUUAGAAAUUGGAACACGUUGCACACGCACCUGUGGAGGGAACACUCGAUAGACAUGGAACUCUAUUCUUGCCAGUUGUGUAACUUCAAAACCCCUGUUCUGUGUCGUUUGAACAACACCCACAUGAAGAUCCAUUCGGAUGAAAAGAACUUUAUUUGCGCUAUUUGUAACAAGGCUUUCAAGAAUAACAAACAAUUGAGGAAUCAUCGACGAUCCCAUAGGGAUCUUCAGCAAGUUCAUCAACCGAAAGAGAGUCACAGACCUCAAAGUCCUUGGCUCCAGUCUGAUAACCCCGUGAAGUGCGUUCAAUGUGAUUUCAAAUUUGCGAAUCAAAAGUUCCUCAAAGCGCAUAUGGAAAGCAGACACGUCCCGGAAAGCGUCGAAGUUGACGGACGAAUGAGGUGUUUGAUCUGUGGAAUGCAUCUGAAAACCAGAUAUUUAUUGCUAUCGCAUGUGGCCAAACAUUCCGAUGAAAAACGAUUCAAAUGCUCCAGUUGCGACUUUUCGUGCAACGACCACAAUUCCAUGCGAAGGCACAAAAUGAGGCACAACUCCGAAGGACACAUGUAUCGGUGCUCAUACUGUGAUUACACGAGCAUUCAAAGCACAACUUAUCGAAGGCAUUUGGAGCGCAUGCAUGCAGAUGUGGCUACCAAUCUUUUAUACAAAUGCACAGAAUGCUCGUUCGUAUCCAUCAGUGAAGUUAAAUAUCAAUUACACAAAGCGAAGCAUAAACAGGAAGGAGAUAUAAUCGCCCCAGUACCGCAAGGAGGCACACCAUCCACCAGUCUUGCAACAGAACCAAUUCAACAAGUUGUAGAGGAAGAAGAACCGGAGCGAUUAUGCGAAAGUGUCAACUCCGAUGUGGUCAUUGUAGAAAAGGAUUCAAUCGAACCUCCGAUGGACGCUUUCUCGCUUAUUCCUCCACCACUGGGUGACCAUCAUCAGCACCAGUACGAUCAACAAUUCCCACUGAUACGACCAGCAGGGUUUGCCAAUAAUCUCUCCAAGGUGGACAAUUUUUACGGAUACGGCAACGCCGGUCCCAUGGGUGAUCAACAGCAUUACCAACAACAGCAAACGGGAGCGACGCUGCAGCAAACGGUACAACAGGGGGCCGUUGCUCAGCUGGUGGCAACAACGGAUGGUGCUGUGAUUGUUUCUUCCAUCGAUGGUUCAGCAACAGGAUCAUUAUCGGGUGGACAUCAACAGCAUGGAUACGACGCCAUGAAGAACAGCAUUUCCGCAAUGGCACCAAUGACUUACGGUGAAAGCGCCCUCGGUAGCUGAAGGAAUUUAUGGUUUCAGGUUUGUGUUUUAAGAAGUCGUUUUUUUUUGUCAGAACAGAAACGAAGCAUAGUGGAAAGUGUAGUGAGAUGGCCAACAUUGCUGAUAUACCUUGUUUAAUUGAUUGUUCUCACAAAGCUAUAAAAGCCUAUCCAGUCUACGAGAUUUAUCACAUAAUACUUGAUGUGCAAGUUUACAUCUAAUUUCCGUCGGAAAUAAUGUAUAUGUCGUUUCAUGUCAAGAUAAUCUUUAGCAUUUUGAUAGUGCACAUAGUCUAAAUACUCUAUAAACCGAGAUCGUACUUUGGUAUUGAAUUCCACCACUUUGUUUUCAUCUUGAUCGAUUCCAGUGAGGUCAACUUUUUCUGCAGCCAAGAACCAUAUGCCACAUAGUGCAGAGUCGCAAACGGAAUUCUAUUCGGUCUGGCUUCUUGCAGAAUAGAUUUUCUAAAGUUUACCAUUAAUCUGGCAUUAUGUACCUUUUCAUGCUCAUAGAGUAUAUUCCCACGAACGGAAUUUUCGGAAUCCAUCUUCCAAACCUAUGGAACGGAAUAAGUUAUCUGUGGUUACAGCUUGUAAAAAUAAGCCAUUUGGAAUAAAAAUCAAGCUCCGCUGCUAUUAUUCCAAACACAAAUAUGCCCAUCAUCCAUCUAACCUAUCAGUCGGUGGAAAUAACGACGGUGCGGAUGAGUUAAUGCAGCUGCUUUCGUCGGUCGUUAAGAUCUUUUUAUUGCAGCAAAAAAAAAAGCAAGUAUGGCCAUCUUACCCAACUUUUCCUCAUUUCCAAAACGAAUACUUACAUCAAUAUUCCUAUAGUCUUUCUUUACGGUCAUCAAGAACUUGUAGCUUAACGUACUGAGCAAAAUUUAAUUCGAUUUGUUUCUAUAGUUAUCAAAAAUCAUUGCUGUCAUGGGAAACGAAGGGCUAAAAAUUACGCAAUGUGAUAUUAGUUUUAAGAUUAUUUAUGAACUAACCUAAAUAUAUGCAAUACGUAUUAUUUCAAACGAAC